GUCAAAUGAACUCAGAGUGUGAUUUGUUUGAAAUUUGUACCCGUGCGUGUUUGUUCCUUUGCUCUCAUCAUUCGUUUCUACAUAUUCAGGUCUGAAGACUUCUGUUUCUUCUAAACACUAAAAUACAGGAACAAAGUAAAUAGUUAAUUUGUUAUUGACAAAACAGGGUGCGGUUUGUCUGUACACAUACUGAAUAUUCAGAUAAUUUUUUGUUGUACACAAACAAAUUUGACCCCAAGUGGUUCUGAGUUUAGCAGAGUAUUCUUUGUGCCGUACAGCGCCCCCUAGAGGAUGGAAACGUUGUGGCUCAUCCAAAAAAAUAAUACAGUAAUUUAUGGUAGUCAAUGAUGUCCCAGAAAUGUCAGUUGCUAACAUUCUCCCAAAUAUCUUUCUUUGUGUUUAGCAGAACAAAAAAAAUGUAUACAGGUUUGGAACAACUUGGGGGUGAGUAACUCAUGACAGAAUUUUUCACAUUUUGGGGUGGAGUAUUCCUCUAACAAAUUUUAGAAGCACCCUCAGAGCUUUCCUAUAGCUCAGUGGUUAGACCAUGGCGCUAGUAACACCAAGGUCAUGGGUUAAAUCCCAGGGAUUGCACACAUACUCAGAAACAAAUGUAUAUUAUAAUGCAAUGUAAGUCGCUUUGGAUAAAAGCGUCUGCCAAAUGCAUAAAUCAUGUAAAUUAUUUGGUUCUGGAAUUGGACCUUUGUGUCUACUGCUGCACCACAGAUCUGAAACUAAUCAGGGCUGCGUUUCCCGAUAACGAUGGAUCUUAGCACUUAAGAGCGUUUUCUACGAGCGAUUUUGCGAAUGUUCUCAUCGUUUCACAUGCGUUUCCCAACAAUGCACUUAACGCGAUCACACAUAGCAGUGCUUUAAGUGCUACUUACGAGUCACUUUCUGUUUGUCAGGUGCUGAAAUGUCACCUUAUACAAUGGCUCAUUUUUGUAGCACACGCUAGUUUUCGAAAUGUUUAUGCUAAUUAUUUUCACCAGAUGUGCAUGUGGUAGGUGAAUAUUGUUUAAUGUUGCUUAACAUAUUUUUUGUGCAACGUGUAAUACUUUUUCUAUGUGCAUAUAGGACUUAUCUACUGUAAUUGUGCAAUGUACUAUUCAUUUGAAUACCACGCUUUUAAUAUCACUACUCCCACUCAGCUCAGUGUUGUUGUAGUUUACCGCCCCCCAGGUCCUCUUCACAACUUCAUUGAAGAGUUAGAUAUGCCGCUCUCAUCAUUCCCGAAGGAUGGCGGCCCUCUUGUAGUCUUUGGGGACUUCAACAUCCACCUGGACAAACCCUAUGCUUCUGACUUCCACACCCUCACCGCCUUGUUUGACCUCACGUGCCUCGCCACAGGCAGUACUCACAGAUCAGGAAACCAGUUUGAUUUCAUCUACACCCGUAACUUCACCACAGAUAACGUUAAAGUCACACCUCUUCACAUUUCUGACCACUUCUUCAUCACUUUCAACAUGCUCCUUCCUACAUGCACUACACCAACACCACCACCUGUUUAUUUUAGACGGAACCUUCGCUCUCUCUCCCCUAGCACCCUCUCUGCUAAAGUGACAUCCUCUCUUCCCUCCAACUUUGAAUCUCUAGAUGCUGACACUGCCACCAACACCUUAUGCUCAACACUUACAUCCUGUCCAGAUAACCUUUGUCCUCUGUCCUCCAGACCAACUCGUGCCACCCCCUCCUGCUCUUGGCUGUCUGACAUCCUCCGUGAACAACGGAGUACACUCAGGGCUGCUGAAAGGAAAUGGCGCAAGACCAAGAAUCCUGCUGACCUAAGGGACUACCAGUCACUACUCUCCUCUUUCUCUGCUAGUGUUACCACAGCUAAAAUGUCUUUCUAUACCACCAAGGUGAGCAAUGCACCUAACACUCUGCAGCUUUUCAAGACAUUUAACUCUCUUCCUUGCCCCCCUCCUCCCCCGCCCACCUCAUCUUUGACUGCGGAGGACUUCGCUGUAUUUUUCACUGAGAAAACAUCAUCCAUCAGCAAACCAUUCUGAGCACCUCAGACCUUGGUACACACUAUACCCUCACUUCAAACAUUGAACUCACCUCUUUCAACCCCACUGACUGACACUGAAGUCACCAGACUUCUCUCCAGCCACCCCACCACCUGUCCCCUUGACCCAAUCCCCUCCCAUCUCCUUCAGGCCAUAUCCAGCACACUCACACACAUCAUCAACACCUCCCUGCUCACCGGCACUUUUCCAUCCACAUUCAAACAGGCCCAGGUCACGCCCCUACUUAAGAAACCCACAUUGGACCCCUCUACUACCGACAGUUACAGACCUGUCACUCUCCUCCCAUUUAUUGCAAAAACACUUGAAAGGGCAGUUUUCAACCAGGUGUCUUCCUACCUAUCCCAGAACAAACUACUGGAUGACAAGCAGUCUGGCUUCAAAACAAACCACUCCACUGAGACUGCACUGCUAUCGGUCACAGAAGCACUGUGGCUAGCCAAGGCGGAAUCUAAAUCCUCGUUCCUGAUUCUGCUAGACCUAUCUGCAGCGCUUGACACUGUCAAUCACCAGAUACUGCUAGCAACCCUGUCAUCUCUAGGAACCUCAGGCUCUCCUCUCCGCUGGUUCAAAUCCUACCUCUCCGGCAGAUCCUUCAGGGUGUCAUGGAGGGGCUCACUGUCCACUGCUCACCACAUGAUCACUGGGGUCCCUCAGGGAUCGGUGCUUGGACUGCUGCUUUUUUCCAUCUACACGACAUCCUUGGGACCCAUCACAACUCCUUGUCCAGGCCCUAGUAAUCUCAAGGUUGGACUACUGCAAUGCUCUCCUUGCUGGUCUUCCUACAAAGGCUAUCAAACCACUCCAGCUGGUUCAGAACGCAGCAGCACGCCUCGUCUUCCAACAGCCCGAAAGGGCUCAUGUGACACCCCUUUUCAUCUCUCUCCACUGGCUACCGGUUGAAGCCCAUAUCAGAUUCAAUUCACUAAUGCUUGCCUACAAGACAAUCACUGGAUCUGUCAUACCCUCCUGCAGUCCUACACCCCAUCAAGAACCCUGCGUUCAGCAAACGAGCAGCAUCUUGUAUUGCCUUCUCAUAACGGCAGUAAAUCGCUUUCCCGCUCAUUCUCCUUCACAACUCCUUCCUGGUGGGACAUUCUUCCUAACUCGGUCCGGUCAACCACAUCUCUCACAACAUUCAAAAAAUGACUUAAAACCCAUCUCUUCUGUGAAUACUUGACAGACAAAAUGAAAAAAAAAAAACUAACCCUCUAUCAACAGGUAUUAGCACCUAUUGUAUUAUUGCUCCUGUAUGACAUAUCGCUUAUUGCUCCCUGAACUCUUUGUAAGCCGCUUUGGAUAAAAGCUUCUGCUAAAUGACUAAAUGUUAAUGUACUGUAUUUCGCACGUUCUAGGGAAAAUAAAAAAGUUAAAAUCAAAAGUAAAAAAAUGCUGUAAUGUGUUUGUUGAACCACAUUUUAUUACACUUUUGGGUGGUGUGGAGGUGGCAAUUUCAAGUUAAGUUUUUAUUAGGGCCUAUGUAUUAUCUAGCUUUCUAGCUCCAAACAAAAUGUUUAUUGUACACAUAUAUUACCAGCACUUUAUUAAUAAUAAGCACAAAGUGUGUUCAUUAUGAAUAUGAACCUUUCAAUUAGAGAAUGAUAAAGGGAAGAAUCAAUCCAAUUUCUCAGCAAAUCAGGCAUUCAGUAUCGCCUUCUGCAGUUGUUGGAACAUAUGAUAGGCAGUGUGUAAUAUAUAAGGUUUGUAACAAUCUGAAAACCUUUAAUCACAUGGUUCCUCUAAAUAAUUAGAGGAUAGUUCACAAUAGUCCAAAGAAGAAAUCACGGCUGCACUAGGCUACAGCAGCAGCAGGAGAAAGAAAGACACUGACAACCACCAAGUAAGCAUUUUGACCAUUUCUCUUUUAAACACAACAUUUUUACUUUGCAUAAAAUAUGGAGUAACUUUAAUACAGCGAUCCAGCAACAAACAUGCAUCCCUUGUUAGAACCAACUUGCCCAUAUAUAUAUAAAUAUUUUCCUUUACUUCAUUAAUGUAUGUUCAGUCAUUUAAUUUUUAUUGUACUGUAUUUUUAUUAAUUUAGUUUUGUAAUUUAAAAGAUUUAAACAACAAAAAAAACGAAAUAAAUAAAAACAUGAUAAGUCACAUAUAGGCGUGUUUAAGUUUAAGCACAAUUCUACGGUUGUCCUGCAGGUGACCUCAUAAAUCUGUCUUCUUACGAUGCUCUCAGGGCUUUACAAUUCCUCCAGAGCACUCGUAGAUCUACGAUGAUUUUCAAGUGCUACUUAAGUUACGAUGCUUUUGGGAAACAGACCGUAAUAUUAAGAUCACUCGUACGAUCGUUUUUACGAUCAACUUAGCCUUACGAUGCUUUUGGGAAACGCAGCCCUGGUCAUUUUCAUUUAAGCAAUUUUAUGUUGAUCUAAACAUGCUGGAUGCCAUCUGUAGGCAGGCAGUUAGAAGUGGUAAUGCAAAAUCCUUAAUGCCAAAAGCAGUUACCUUCAGAGUCUCCCUGAAACAAACAGCUCAGUGUCUUCAGAUAAUAUUUAUACUAACUUCAAUUAAAUCAAAAUAAUAAGUCAUUAAUCAUUUAAUUUUUGUUGUAUAAGAGUAUAAUACAAAAAGACUGAAGAUAAAAAAGAAACCAAUACAUACGCUACAUAUCUUGACUGAUCUGUGAAUCUCAUAAUUUCCUGUUAUCACUUUACUUGUAAACCAU